AUGGGCAGUCGGGGGGUUUGGCUGGGCCGGCGGGGUCAGUGGGGUCAGUGGCUGAGGGUGGAACGAUACUAUGGGGUAGAGAGCGGGACCAACCCGUAUCGGGUUCUUGGUGUGGCACGGGAUGCGGCACUGCCAGAGAUCCAACGGGCGUAUCUGCGCAUGGCCAAGCGCUACCACCCGGACGUGGCGCCCGCGAAGGAGCGCGAGGCUGCGACAGCGCGCUUCCAAAAUCUGGCCGCAGCCAUGCGGGCCAUCCUGGCCCAGCGUGCUGCAGGGGUAGGCAAAGAGGCUGCCUCGAUCCCCAAAGACCUACGCGAGGUACUGACGGGCUACGAUGCUGCCUUUAUCUUUGACUUUGUGCGCGACAAUCACGACCCAAGCUUGCAAGCCGAGCUGCACGAGGUGGGCCAGACCAUGCAGCCGGCUGGACCCGAUCGCACAGGCCUUUUCUUCAUGGCACAGAUGAUGCAGGUAUGUGAUUUUGUGCUGUGCUGUGCUGCGCCAGAAAAAGAAAAAGGGUCGAAAGAAGCAAGCGUAAGGGUGUACAUGCCCUUUCCAUUCACGCCAGACCUGGAACGUCAUGGUCAAGCCCCGCAGGCCUCAAGUCCACCCUCCGACUCAACUCUGAGCAAGCCCGAAGCACCCGUCCUGGAGAUUCAGCAGGGCAAGGAUGAUGCGCAAUCUUGA